GCUCACACCCAUGCGAUGCACAGUGUUGGUGGUGAAAAAAGGCCACAUACCUUUCGUCAGGUCAACUCUGCCGAGAAUUGGGCUCCAGCCAGCAUACUAAGGAGGUUCAUCGCGAAAACAAACAUGGGCAUUAAGAAAGUGGUGGACAACAGCAGCUCUCCAAAUGGGUCAGCAAGUGAACGAGAAUCGUUAAGCUCAGGAAAAUCUACGCAGUCUAAUUAUUCCACAAUAGCCGCGGAUCUUGAAGUUGCUCGAAAAAUUAAAGAAGAUCUGGGACCACCUGUGCCAUUCCAUACGAAUUGGUGGGCAAUUUUGCUCACGUUCCUAUCCGGAGUGAGCUUCACCCUUUCGUCGGGCUUGGUCAAAGGUAUCGAGCUCAUCAACCCAAUGGAGCUGCUCGCCUUGCGGUCGGCGAUUCAGAUCUUUGCCAUGGCGCCGAUGAUUGCGUGCAAAUUAAUCAACCCGUUCGGCCCACCUGGUUACAGACUCUACCUGUUGCUGCAGGGCUUUGUUGGUGGCAUCACAUUAGUAGCCCUGUUUGUUGCCUUCAGAAAAUUGCCUCUUGGAGACGCAACGUCAAUAAUUUUCAGCGCACCGAUUUUUGUGAUGCUCAUGUCCUUUAUUUUCCUCCGAGAACCUUGCGGCACUUUUCGUUUUAUAAUCGCCUUCCUCCUCAUUACUGGAGUGAUUCUAGUCUCCAGGCCUCCGUUUAUUUUCAACCAGGGUGACCCUGCCGUGACCUACGACUACGACAUUGUUGGGUACUCCUCGGCCGUGCUGGGCGCUUUAUUUUCCGCGGUAAACAUCGUGUUGAUGCGGAAAUGCAAAGAUGUGCAUUUUUCGGUUUUGAUCCUCUACUUCAGCGUUGGCUCUUUUGUGAUUUCACUCGCCCUGUCCUUCAUUGAAGGCCCAUGGACGCUCGGCGGCAGUUUGUGGAACACGCCUCUCAUCGAAUGGGGCUACGGGAGUCUUGUCGGCGUGACCGGACUGCUCGGCCAAGUGCUCUUGGUCAUCGCCCUCAAUAUGGAGGGCGCGGGUAAAGUGGCUGUGACGCGAUCUUUGGACAUCGUUUUGGCCUUUGUCCUUCAGGUUUGUUACUGGGGCCAAUUUCCAGACAUUAUGGGUUCCGUCGGAUCCGUUUUGAUUUGCAUUUGCGUUGCCGCGAUGGGGGUUGAAGAGCAGUUCACCCUUUUGUGUCCCGACUCGUGGCCAUGCUGUCUUUACAGCUGGUAAAAUUUAUUAUGCCAUGAAUUUCUGUUUGAUCUUAAAUAAUGAUAAGGUUGUCCAUAAAAAUAACGUUCAUUUAUUAGAUGGUAAGAAAAUUAUUUUAACAAAAAUGAAAAUGGUUGUAAAAAAAAUGAAGAGAAAUUUUAGUUUGAAUUUUUCUUUUUAUCUAAUAUUAUAAAGAAAAAAAUGCUUUUCAACAUAGCAAGUGCAAAAUGCGCCUUAUAUUUUACAAAUGAACAAGAGUUGCUAUGACAAGCCAAAUGAGGUAAGAAAUAGCAGCGCUGGUUAAAUAAAUAUCCAUAUUGUGCAACAAUGUUAUGUCAAUUAUUAAAAAUGUACAACUUGAAGUUAUUAAAAAACACAAAUUUCAAUAAUAAAAAAAUUAUUCUUUUUUGUUUAAAUCAAUUACUUUUUUUUUAACAAACAACUGCAUUUUGCAUUAUGUGCAACCAAUAAAAUAGAUUAUUUUUCU